AUGAAUCCGGAAACAGAACCUAUCGAUGACAAAGACAAUGAAAUUGUUGAAAAAACAGAAACAAAAUUAGCUUUUUCUAUUGAAAAUUUGCUUUCAGAUAAAUUUAAAAACGAUAAAAAUGUUGGUGUCGAUGAAACAGUUAAUCCUUCUACUAGUACGGUUUCAAUGGAUUAUUUUCAUGAUUUAAGACAGAGUGAAGUGAGUUGUGAAUCUGAUGAAGAGGACAGAGCUAGCACAUGCUCGGAGAACGUGGACGUUGAAGGGUCUGCCAACGAUGCGCAGGAGUUUACUGAUGGCAAGCCUGAAUACCAACAAUCAGGAUCCUCACGCGGCAAACGCGCCCGCACCGCUUUCAGCGCUCAACAGAUCAAGAGUUUGGAGGCAGAGUUCGAGAAGAAUCGAUACCUGUCUGUGGCGGCCCGGGGACGACUGGCCCGGCAGCUUCGGCUCACUGAAACUCAGAUAAAGAUAUGGUUUCAAAAUCGCCGAACAAAAUGGAAACGAAAAUAUACGAACGACGUUGAAUUACUCGCUCAGCAAUACUACAGCAGCUUAGGUAUUGUAGCGCCUCGGCCUAUGUUCGUUGGUGAUAGGCUAUGGAUCUUCAACUACCCUAACAGGAUACCACCCACGCAACAGCAGCAAUGGAUGAAAUCCAUAAACAACAUCGCAAGCAUAAACACACACAAUCAAAUCGUCGAAAGAGGAAUGCUACGGACUAUGCCAAAACCAGAUAUCCCUCCAUUUUUCAUCCCUCCACCGCCAGCUACAUAUCCGAACGAAAGAGUUUUCUUGAAUAUGGAACGGAAUUUGAAUUUGACAAACGUCAAAAUUCCCGCUCAAACUAGAGUGGUGCCGCGAGAAGUCUAUAACAAUAUGGCCACGGCACAAAGGAAUAUGGACGUGUAUAAAAAUAAUAUUUUAAAUCACAAUAGUCCACCACAAGAGGCUAACGUGGACCAUUUGAGGAGACUGGAAGAAAAUUUUAGUAUUUAG